GGCUCGGCAUUUGGCAUGCGCAGCUCACCGAGGAGGAAAAGAACAGCUUUCAGCGUUCAUCAGCGGCUGGGAAGGAACCGUAAACACUAGCUUCCAGGACUGCCUCCCUCUCAGCCACUGGGAUGGAAAUAUAAGGGUGACCUGAACCAGAUAUUGUUCUUCUGUGCAUGGAUACAAAACCAAUGCGAAGGGCCACCAGCGCACGUCAGGACGCCACUGGAAUGGACAUCACCAGCCGCUGUACUCUGGGGGACCCCAACAAGCUCCCUGAAGGGGUCCCCCAGCCAGCGCGCAUGCCUUACGUUUCAGACAAGCACCCACGGCAGACGCUGGAAGUGAUCAAUCUGCUGAGGAAACACCGGGAGCUGUGCGACGUGGUGCUGGUGGUGGGCGCCAAGAAGAUUUACGCUCACCGCGUGAUCCUCUCCGCCUGCAGCCCGUACUUUAGGGCGAUGUUUACGGGGGAGUUGGCAGAGAGCAGGCAGACAGAAGUGGUUAUCCGUGACAUUGAUGAGAGAGCCAUGGAGCUGCUCAUCGACUUUGCCUACACCUCACAGGUGACCGUGGAGGAGGGGAAUGUCCAGACGCUGCUUCCUGCCGCCUGCCUUCUCCAGCUGGCUGAGAUCCAGGAGGCCUGCUGUGAGUUCCUGAAGAGACAGCUGGAUCCAUCCAACUGUCUGGGCAUCAGGGCCUUCGCCGACACCCACUCCUGCCGCGAACUGCUGCGAAUCGCAGACAAGUUCACGCAGCAUAAUUUCCAGGAGGUCAUGGAGAGCGAGGAGUUCAUGCUGCUUCCUGCCAACCAGCUGAUCGACAUCAUCUCCAGUGACGAGCUGAAUGUGCGCAGUGAGGAGCAGGUGUUUAACGCUGUGAUGGCCUGGGUGAAGUACAGCAUCCAGGAGCGCAGGCCCCAGCUACCUCAGGUCUUGCAGCAUGUACGUCUGCCGUUACUGAGCCCUAAGUUUCUGGUGGGGACCGUGGGUUCAGAUCCUCUGAUCAAAAGUGAUGAAGAAUGCAGAGACCUGGUUGAUGAGGCCAAGAAUUACCUUCUGCUUCCACAAGAGAGGCCGCUGAUGCAGGGCCCCAGAACACGCCCUCGCAAACCUAUUCGAUGCGGAGAGGUUCUUUUUGCAGUUGGCGGCUGGUGCAGCGGAGACGCCAUUUCCAGCGUGGAGCGCUACGACCCACAGACUAACGAGUGGCGCAUGGUGGCGUCGAUGAGCAAACGGCGGUGCGGCGUCGGCGUCAGCGUCCUGGACGACUUGCUGUACGCGGUGGGCGGCCACGACGGCUCGUCCUAUCUCAACUCCGUGGAGAGGUUGCUGCAACAACGGUACGACCCUAAAACCAACCAGUGGAGCAGCGACGUGGCCCCCACCAGCACAUGCCGGACCAGCGUGGGUGUCGCUGUCCUUGGUGGAUUUCUGUAUGCUGUGGGAGGACAGGACGGAGUGUCUUGUCUCAACAUCGUUGAAAGGUAUGAUCCAAAGGAGAAUAAGUGGACUCGCGUGGCCUCCAUGAGCACCAGACGGCUUGGUGUAGCUGUCGCUGUGCUGGGAGGAUUCCUCUAUGCUGUUGGAGGGUCCGAUGGGACGUCUCCUUUAAACACAGUGGAGCGCUAUAACCCUCAAGAAAACCGCUGGCACACGGUGUCUCCCAUGGGCACCAGAAGAAAGCACCUCGGCUGCGCCGUCUACCAGGACAUGAUUUACUCCGUGGGAGGGCGGGACGACACCACGGAGCUGAGCAGCGCCGAGCGGUACAACCCCAGGACCAACCAGUGGUCUCCCGUUGUGGCCAUGACGUCCAGACGUAGCGGGGUGGGCUUGGCAGUAGUGAAUGGUCAGCUGAUGGCAGUAGGUGGCUUUGAUGGGACAACGUAUUUAAAAACUAUAGAGGUGUAUGACCCGGAUGCCAACACAUGGAGGUUGUACGGUGGAAUGAACUACCGCCGGCUAGGUGGAGGGGUGGGCGUCAUUAAAAUGACUCACUGUGAAUCUCACAUAUGGUAACGGCGCCUCCCAUCCCUCCCUCGUCUCGUACGCUUUCACAUCUCCUGACGUCUCGCCGGACAUGGAAACAUCUGUCGUGCCUCUAGAAGAGCCGGCUGCGCGGACAAGGAUGAGAGGACAGCGGGAGCAGGCACACAAGGACAGAAGAGAGGGACACGUUUUGAACUCCGGCUCAUCCCCCAAGCUUCACUCAGAGGUCAUUAAGUUUAUCCUGCCCGCAUCUCCUCUGACCAACCAUUGCUCAUCACAGGGAGCGGAGGGAGCAAAGUUUACAGAACAUCGUCAAGCUUCCAUGUCGGACCGAAGUGUACUUCGUUUUCAGCACCAAGGCCGACGGCCCGGGUCUGAAUCGGCGUCCGUGGCCGAUGGAGCAUGCCAUGACCAUCACUGCUACAGGAAGGACAUAACCUGGUCUUUGAGUUUCAGAGGAGCGACGACAUCUGGAGGAAUUGGUUCAGUGGAAGGAGUUUCAAAGAACCCAGGCCACUUAAACUGGUUGUCUUCUAAUUCUGUUUUUUUUUUUUUUAUCGGACUGCCAGCGGUUUUCAGGAGGCGACGAUGCUCAGCGUCAGCAGUGAAUCGCCGUUUUUGUUUUGGUCUCCGAUGGUUUUGAACCAUCCAUCUCAACGGUGGCUGUUAACACAUAAGGACUUUAUAUAAUCGGUGGUUCUCUGCCUGUACGGCUGGAUCUAAUAGGCUAGAUGGUGUAAAUGGGACUGUUACCUUGAACGUCUUUAGAGUUGAGUUAAAAGGGUGGCGUUAGUGGCGUCUAAUUAUCGGGUAAAAAGAAACCAAAAUCAAGUAGUUUAUUAAUUUUGUUGGUGCCUCCUCUGUUGAAUCCUAAAAGCAUAAUAACUGAGUCAAACGAACAUGUUCUGGGCCAACUUUAAGUCUGCGCCAGCUCCUCUGCUCCAGGUGUCGCAGGCCAUUUCCUGGAUGCGAAUGUUUGAAUUGAACUGCAUUAAUAAGGAGACAGCUUUACCAUCAAAGUCUAAAAUGGGUUCACCAUUCAAUGCUGGAGUUUUUUGUUGGGUUUUAAACCUCAAAAAAAGACCAAAACAAACUCUUCGACGUCUAAAAAAAAAAGGGCCUUUUUUUUCCUGUUGAAUAAUUUAUCUUUAGUGUAGGACUGAAUGAAAACUUUGUUCAUGAAGGAUUAUAUCACCUGGUUCAGCAUUAUGCCCCCAGGUUGCUUUUUUUUUUUUGAUUGUUUUCUUUUAGGGGAAAUUGUAGAGCUGAAGAAAUAAGUCUUUGAAAAUAUAUUUUUCUUUUUGAGUUUGGCAAUAAGAAAAAAAUAUAUAUAUGCAGCAUAAGACUUGCCGGGGGGAGGGGGAAACGAUUGUAGAGCAGAGAAUUCAGCUUAACAUGAAAGAUCUAGCCAGCCUGGGUAUGUCUUUUGUAAAGAGUUGGCGCCGUUGUUCAGCUUUCUUUUGGAUCUUCUGGGCGACAAACCUGCUGUGGGCACAGUUUUUGGAUUCGGGCUCACCAUCACCGUCUUGUCUCCGUUUAUCUCUGAUGUUUCCAACCCCAUGUUGUCUGGCAACCGUGUCAAAUUAUUGUUCGGUUUGUGCUCAAAACUCCUGCUCUAAACGCUGUUAAAAUGAGUUAAUAUAUAUAUUUUCUGUAAAAGUAAUGAAUGAUGUAGCACUAAGUCAGUGUUUUGAUAUUAGUUUACACAAUAAGACUUUAUGGCACAGGCCCUUGUUCUGCUCCUUGUUUUUUUUUUGUUGUUGCAGAAGUUGGAUAACAGUUUCGCCACCUACUGGAUGAAUGUUGAAUUACAACACUAAGUGAUAUAGUGGCCCCUGAUCACUGAUCUCAGCUGUAAGAAUCACAGCCAGCAGAGACGGUGAAAUUAGUUUGGAAACAUUUACUGCACUGUGACUGUAUUUCAGUUUUAAUCUUUUUUUUUUUUUUUAUUUAAACUUUCUUUAUAUGGGAAUUUCCAUGUCUACGAGGAACUAAAAUAAAAGUUUAAAUAGUUGAGACAUUUCAGACCUCGCAGCCUUGGUUCUUUGCAGAGCUGGAAACCCUGGCUGGGACUCGCGUUGCGUCACACGCUGUUCCUCCGCACUGCGCUCCGUUAAAGCAGCGCGCGGCUCAAACGGUCGCAGGCAGGUCUGUAAUUAUUUUAAACGCGGUUUUAUGUGCGAGGAAGGACCUAAUCUGAAUGUAUGUGUGCGACUAUUCAGCAGAUCGUUGACUUGUGUUGGGCUUGGCUGUCAAGCAGGUCAUCGCUAAAACAAAAACAGGCAUUUUUUUAUUUGCUGCUGAAUGCUCACUUGAGAACCUGAACGCUUCCUGCCGACAGUGAAGAUGAGCUCUGCAGCGUGCAAUACGUAUAUAUUUGUUGUGACAUAUUCCAUGCUGCCAGUGGCUUAACAAAAACACAAUGCUGUCUAAUUGUGGUUGCCUCACAAAAGAAACUAUUUGGUUAAAAACUUCAGAAAUGUUUCUGCUUUUGUCCUUGGCCGUUCUUUUAUUGUUCAAUUGCUUUUCUCUAUGAUAAAUAUUUACCACAGGCUAAUAAACUGCUCCAUUCUCACUGUC